AGGGACCUUAGUGUGUGCAUUAGCACUCAGUUACUCCGUUGUUUUCUUUUUAAUUCACAUAUAGUCAACGCCAUGGCCAACAAACAUCAACACAUUUUUAUUGGAUUAUUAAUUUUGAUUUCAGUGAAGUGGACUUUGUCUGUUCCAGAGGAAGAGCUCCAUGCCAGCUACUGGAACAACAAAGGGAGACAGGCUCUUCACACUGCCCUGAAUGUUCAGCCUAAUCUUCACAAAGCCAAGAACAUCAUCCUCUUCCUGGGGGAUGGUAUGGGGGUACCAACAGUGACUGCUACGCGGAUCCUCAAAGGCCAGUUGGCAGGAAAAUCUGGGGAGGAGACCAGUCUGGUUAUGGAUACCUUCCCACACCUGGCCCUGUCUAAGACGUACAAUGUGGACCAGCAGAUGCCAGACAGUGCUGGCACAGCCACAGCUUACUUAUGUGGUGUCAAAGCCAACUAUGGUACUCUGGGUGUCACCGCCGCCACCCCAAGGUACAACUGUAGCGCUACCUAUGGGAAUGAGGUUACAUCAGUUCUGCACCGUGCCAAGAAAGCAGGAAAAUCAGUGGGAAUUGUCACUACAACCAGAGUUCAGCAUGCCUCUCCUGGUGCAACCUACGCUCACUCUGCCAACCGAGGCUGGUAUUCUGACUCUGAGCUUACCACUGAGGCAGUCGAAAAUGGCUGCCGUGACAUUGCAUACCAGCUGGUUCACAACACUGAGAUAAAUGUCAUUCUGGGUGGAGGUCGUCAAUACAUGUUUCCCAAAACCAUGCAAGACCCAGAGUAUUCAAAUAACACAGGAGAUCGCAAUGAUGGACAAAAUCUUGUUUUGGAGUGGAUUAAGAACAAAAAGAAUGUUCAGUAUGUUUGGAACAAAGCUGAUUUUGAUGCUGUCAAUCCUGCAAACACAGACUUCCUGAUGGGUCUCUUUGAGCCCAAAGACUGCCGCUACGAGUUGGACCGCGAUUCAUCCAUGGACCCCUCCCUUACAGAGAUGAUGGAGAAAGCAAUUAAGAUUCUCAGCAAGAACCCAAAGGGAUAUUUCCUCUUUGUGGAAGGCGGGAGAAUUGACCAUGGUCACCAUGGAGGGAAGGCCAAAAGAGCUCUCUAUGAGGCUGUUGAGUUUGACCGGGCGAUCGGGCGAGCAGCUGAACUUACCAGUGAGCUGGAUACUCUGUCUGUGGUCACUGCUGACCACUCCCACGUCUUUGCCUUUGGAGGAUACUCUGCUAGAGGAAACUCUGUUUUAGGGGUAUCUCGCUCAAUAGCUGAUGACAAGAAGCACUUCACCACUGCUGUGUAUGGAAAUGGACCAGGAUACCAAAUUGUCAAUGGAACUCGCCCAGAUAUGAAUGAGACAAUUUCAUCGGAUAACGAUUACCGUCAGCAGGCUCCUGUCCUUCUGGAUUCAGAGACCCACGGCAUAGAGGAUGUAGCUAUAUUUGCCAAAGGUCCCAUGUCACACCUUUUCCACGGGGUCCAGGAGCAGAGCUACAUUGCCCACGUCAUGUCUUAUGCUGCCUGCCUGGAGCCCUAUGAGGACUGCACACUGCCAGAGCCCGACCAUGCUGGAUCCAUCCAUCCCAGCCUGCUACUCCUCCUGAUGGGCCUCCUUCUUCUCUCCCUCUGCUCUGUCUGAGAUGACAGCCUUUGGAGAAUUUGCCUUGACUUGGGAAUAACUGCGUUAUCUGACAUUUUGGUCGAAAAAGAAAUCAUUUUUCACACUUUCUGUGUGGAAUUGGAGAGCUGUAGUCGCACAACUUUGAGAUCGCUGCAAUUUUGAGUAAUUUCUUCUUGUCAAGAGAACCUUGUUGUGAAAAGCAUUAGUGUUAAUAUUACACAGAGCUAUGGCCUUUAACACAAAAUUGAGUAUAUUUAUGUAAAAAUAUUGUUGAGUUCUUUUUUAAAUAUUU